UCUCCUCCCAGACAGACCCUGCCCUUGUCGGCUCCCCUCCACCGCCAGCCGCCCUCCGCGCUCCCCCGGUCGCUCUCCGGAGGCUUCCCCCCCGGCGGAGCUCCCUCUGACAAUGGGACGCUUUCUUCUCCGCGACCCCUUGGUUUUCCCACGUUGCAUUUAAGUGUUGGAGGUGUCCGGGCUCCUGUAGAUGUCCUCCACCAUGGCCAAGCGUGAGAGCAGCAGCAGCCCCGUGGUGAGGCAGAUCGACAAACAGUUCCUGGUGUGCAGCAUCUGUUUGGACCACUACCACAACCCCAAAGUCCUGCCAUGCCUCCACACCUUCUGCGAGAAAUGCCUGCAGAACUACAUCCCUCCCCAGUCCCUGACCCUGUCCUGCCCCGUGUGCAGACAGACCUCCAUCCUGCCGGAGAAGGGCGUGUCCGCUCUCCAGAACAACUUCUUCAUCACAAACCUGAUGGAGGUUCUGCAGAGGAACCCCGAGAGCAGCCAGCCCGAGGCCUGUAACGUGCUGGAGUCUGCCAGCGCCGCCAUCGCCGGGCAACCGCUGUCCUGCCCCAACCACGAGGGGAAGGUGAUGGAGUUCUACUGCGAGUCGUGUGAGACGGCCAUGUGUCUGGAGUGCACUGAGGGGGAGCACCGCGAGCACGUGACGGUGCCUCUGAGAGACGUGCUCGAGCAACACAAGAUGGCGCUCAAGAACCAGCUGGACACAGUGAGAAACAGACUACCUCAGCUGACCGCCGCCAUCGACCUGGUGAAUGAGAUCUGGAAGCAGCUGAGCGAGCGGAAGGCCGAGGCCGUGACUGAGAUCAGCUCCACGUUUGAAGAGCUGGAGAAGGCCCUGCACCAGAGGAAGAGCGCCCUCAUCGCAGAGGUGGACAACAUCUGCAGCACCAAACAGAAGGUGCUCCAGGCCCAGCUGACCUCGCUCCUUCAGGGCAAAGAGAACAUCGAGAGCAGCUGUCACUUCACGGAGCAGGCCCUGAGCCACGGCAGCGCCACGGAGGUGCUGUUGGUGCAGAAGCAGAUGGGGGAGAGGGUCAGCGCUCUGGCCCGCCACAGCUUCCCCGAGCACCCCCACGAGAACGCCCAUCUGCAGUGCCAGGUGGAGACGGACGGGCUGAGGCGCUCCAUCCAGAACCUGGGGGUCCUGAUCACGUCCGGGGCCGUGGGUCACACCAGCGUGGCCACGGGGGAGGGGCUACGGCACGCGCUCAUGGGACAGCACACCACCGUCACCGUGACAACCAAAGACAAGGACGGAGAGCUGGUGAAGAGCGGGAACGCCAUCCUGAAAGCAGAGAUCCUGUCUGCAGACGGGAGCACCACCGAGGCCGAGGUGGUGGACAACAAGAACGGAACGUACGAGGUGGGUUACACGGUGCGCUCGGAGGGGGAGUUCUCCUUCUCCCUGACCCUGUACGAGCAGCCUGUCCGGGGCAGUCCCUUCAGGCUCAGGGUGGUCAAACCCUCAGACCUGCUCCAGUCUCCGGACGACGUGAAGCGCAGGGUGAAGUCUCCCAGCGGAGGAGGAGGCCACGUGAGGCAGAAGGCCGUGCGCAGACCCUCCAGCAUGUACAGCACCACCAAGAAGAAGGAGAACCCCAUCGAGGACGAGCUCAUCUACAGAGUCGGGACCAGAGGGCGAGACAAAGGGGAGUUCACAAACCUACAGGGAAUCUCCGCCUCCAGUAACGGAAGGAUCGUGGUGGCAGACAGCAACAACCAGUGUAUACAGAUCUUCUCCAACGACGGUCAGUUCAAGAUGCGGUUUGGGGUCAGAGGUCGCUCCCCCGGGCAGCUGCAGCGCCCCACGGGGGUCACGGUGGACUCCAACGGCGACAUUAUCGUGGCCGACUACGACAACAGGUGGAUCAGCAUCUUCUCCUCCGAUGGAAAGUUCAAGAACAAAAUCGGAGCGGGGAGGCUGAUGGGACCCAAAGGCGUGGCGGUGGAUAAGAACGGACACAUCAUCACCGUGGACAACAAGGCCUGCUGCGUCUUCAUCUUUCAGUCCAACGGGAAACUGGUCACCAAGUUUGGAGCUAAAGGGACUUCAGAUCGGCAUUUCGCAGACAAGAGCGGUGCAAACAUAGCACUGGAUCAAAAGCUUAGUAAAUCUGGCCCCGUGUUCAGUCCUCACUUUGUGGCCGUGAAUAACAAGAACGAGAUAGUGGUGACGGACUUCCACAACCACUCUGUCAAGGUGUACAAUGCCGACGGGGAGUUCCUGUUUAAGUUCGGCUCACACGGAGAAGGCAAUGGGCAGUUCAACGCGCCCACUGGAGUGGCUGUGGACGCCAACGGGAACAUCAUCGUGGCCGACUGGGGAAACAGCAGGAUACAGGUUUUCGACAGCUCCGGCUCUUUCCUCUCCUACAUCAACACGUCCGCAGACCCCCUGUACGGGCCCCAGGGACUGGCCCUCACCUCCGACGGGCACGUGGCUGUGGCCGACUCUGGGAACCACUGCUUUAAGGUCUACCGCUAUCUGCAAUAGAACCUGCAGCUCUACCAGAACUGAACCAGAACUGAACCAGAACUGAACCAGGACACCACAGCACCCGGCCUUCUCACCUGCACCUAACUACGGACUCAAGACUGGACUUAUUUAUUCGAGAGGGGAGGUGUAGAGUAAUGGAUGCUAAGUUAUGGGAUGGAAAAACUAUGUGCACAGAAGACGGUCGUGGGUUUAAAGGGACUUUAUGAAGCAUUAUGUUGAGAUUUUUUUUUAUUACAACUUACAACAACUCCAUCUAGUGGCGUAAAAUGAUAUUACAAGGACCCAUUGCACUUUCAUGGGUUCUCUUUAGUUGUUAAAAAAUUAAAACAGACAUUUCUCUUUUUUUUUUAAUAACUUUAUGUAUUGAAAUUUUCAGUUUAGCACAAAUAUUCUAUAACAACAACAAAAACUGACAAGGACAAGCUUAUUGUUGGUGCCAAAUAUUCAUUAAAAUACACUUUAAGUAUCAAAUACAAUAAAAUAAAUAAAUAUAAAUUAAAUAAACAAACAUAAAUCAAUACAUUUAAAUUCAAAUUAAAGACAAAGACAUUUCGAAGCUGAUACAAAUAAGUGCAAAAGAUAAACUCAAAUAAAAUGUUUUGUUGUUACUUUAAAAUAUUUAUAUUCAAUUUGAACUUUAAAAAAAUAAAUGUAAAUCAAAUAAUUACUCAAGCAAAAGUAAAAACAAAGAAAAUUACCACUCAAGUAGUUACGGUUUUAAGGUUUUAGAUGAACAACAGAAAAUACAGUCAAAAUUAAUUACAAAAAACAAUAAAUAUCUUCUCAAAUGCAAUACAAAUGUUAUAUUCAGUGUCUUGCCAAAGGACACAACAACAGUAUUACUCAAAGCAGGAUUCAAACCAUUAUUAUUUAUUUUUUGUAAGAUAGGAAUGUUGUAAAAUAUGCGCAAAUGUCGCUGUGUUGUUCAAAUGUAAAAACAAUAGGCUAACACAAAAUAGCAGUUGUGUUUGUUUACUUUUUUGCGUUUAUACUGUAUUUUAGUAUUUUUUGUUACUCCAUAUUGUCCCUUUAACCCACAGUUUGCGAGUGUGACAUGACAGAAACUUCAAGUAUUUAUCCAGGAGCCAUAAUCUGUUCAAAUGCAUGACGUUUGAUUUGGAACAAUAUCCGCGUAGCAUUAGCUUACGCCGUGCGCUAACGCUAACUUAGCCGCUUCUAGCUUCUUUAGGCGUCUCCAGCAGCGAAAUGUAAAACUUCUUAUCAACUUAUAUCACACUACAUCGGACAUUGUCAACAGGGCUUGGCAUUAGCUCACUACUUUUACGGUUUUAUUUUAUGCUUAACUUAAUUACAGUAGUUUAUCCAGAACUCUCCAGAUUUGGAUCGUUUCAGAGCUCAAACUGCUUUCACUACGCAGCUAACUAACUUUAAUAUCAGCUAUCGUGGUCCGUGUACGAGUCGUUGUUUUGAAUUUCAAUUAAGAACGAAAAAAAUAAAAUAAAAUGGGAAAACAGUUUGUUAUUUCUUUAUUCCAUUUUAGUGUCAAACUAAACAAACAAACAAACAAACAAAAAAACAGAUUUCUUUUUCCAACCAAAAAACUGUCUUGGUGCCUAUUUUAAUUUUAUUUAAUAAUAAAAGUAAUUUAAUUUAAAUUUAAAAAUCAUUAAAAAAAAAAAAAAAUCAUAAUUUUAUUCUCUCUGGUUUAUAUGUUAUCAACUGAACAAAGGAGAGUUUAUCGCUGCUUCUUGUUUCUCGUCAUGGAAUUCAACAAUGACUUUCUAAAACGUGAAAGUAAAUGCGUCGCUAUAAAAAAAGAUCCACAAAAACUGUAGUUUUUUUGUCCACAAAACUGCAACAGUUUUUCAGGUUAAGUCCUUCUUGCUGCAGAACUUCCGAGCCAAAUAAACCAGAGAGUUAAGAAGUUGCCGAUACGGUACAAACAUCGAUACAGUGCACUUUCAAUUCGAUACGAUAUAUCUGAAAAUGAUUCAGUAUGCUAACUUCUUGGGUUCUUUUUAAAGACAAUACAGUAAAGUGUAUUUACCUUGACAUGUUUCGACUGCUCGCUGCAAGCCAACUUCAGAACUGUCGAAACAUGUCAAGAAGGUAAAUACACUUUACUGUAUUGUCUUUAAAAAGAACCCAAGAAGUUAAAGUACAUAAGAAGACAAAAUGAACAUCUUUGACCUGAUUUGAUACGGUUCAGUAAAAAAAUAAAGGCGAAGUCAUGACUGUGAUACUAAAAGUUUUUGUUAAACCACUUCUUGUGCAAAGUUCAUAUGAAACACAAACAUUUUAAUCAUCAAAACAGUGAAAAUGUCAAAUGUGUCGCAUAAACAAGUUUCCUUCCAUUAAACAAGCAACAAAACUGUAGCUCUGAAACAAAAUAAUUUACUAGAAUAUACCAAAAAAUACUCUUGACGAUAUAGCGACACAGCAGCCCAUGAUAUCGAUACUGUCUCAUCAAAUUUAACGAUACGAUAUAUUGAUAUUUAAAUAUUUUUGCACACCCCUACCAGAGAGAAUAAAAUAUCAAAAUUAAAAUCUAAAUUAAAAUAGGCAUGAUGACGAAUUAAAUAUUCGAAAUAGAGGUCAAAAUCAGUUUUUUGUUUGACACUAAAACUGAACAAUGAAAUAACAAACUUUUUUCCAUUUUAUUGUUUUUUGUUCUUUAUUGAAAUUCAAAAUAACGAAUCGUACACGGACAUAUUAUUUGUCACCUUGUUUAAAUUGCUAUGUUCUUUCGUGCGCCAGCAGGUGUAGCUAAUGUCAAGCCCGGCUUGUCACCAUGUGUGCGUUGUUUGGCUGUGUGUAAACUGUAUAUAUGAAUGUACAUUGUAAAUAGUUAGAUUGCUGGGUGUGUGUGCUAGCUGCAGUUUGACUCCCCAAUUUGUGUCAUUACCAAAAAAAACUUCGCAAAAUUGUUUCAAGUGAAUAAAAACUUCAACCUAGACAUCAAAUAUCUAGUGAAUAAAUCUAAUUCAGUUAAAGCUGCAUUGUGUAAUGACAUUAAACAGCUCUGCCUUACAUUUUUUCCGUUAAAUGUGGUUUUACGGCUCAAAAAAACCUGUAACUCUGACCUGUAACUUGGCCUGGUUUGGUCUCCAUGAAGAUAGAAAGGUUUAAUGCCAUACUACGAAACAAGAAAAGUAUCUGACGGACCCUCCACCAGAAAAGUUACACAAUGCACCUUUAAUGGACUAAAAGGCUAACGGACUAGCUUGAGUGACGCGAAUCAGGCAGGUGGCGCAAAUUGUGGAGGGACGCGCGGCACAAUGUUAAACGUGCGUGCCUGUGUGCGAAUACGGCAGCUGUUAACUUAGCACAUGCUUCACGAUUUUCAUAUUUAUUUAUAAGCAGCACAAUAUUGUUUUUGUUAAAUAUUAUUUCUUUUUAUUUUAAGGGAAAAAUUAAGACAAAAAAGUUAUUUAUUUUGUACACUAGGCUAGCAUUUAUAUAAUUUUUUUCAAUUUUUAUUUUUUCCAUCGAAUCUGUAUUUUCAGAAAAGGAAUAAUUGGUACCCGUUUUACAAUUUGAACGUGCAAUUACUUCAAAAUUAUAGUGAGACAACACUGCAAUUAUUAUUUAAUAUAAUAACAAACAUAAAAUUGAUCAUUCAGGAUUAAAAACAAAUAAUAAAAAAUAGAAAACGUAUGAUUUUAAAUACGUUUUCAUAAUGGUACCAACUAUUCCACUUCAAAACUGAAUUCAUAUUGCCAAAAUAAUACCGCAUUGUACCAUUUUACAAGUAUUUUUAUUUACUUAACGCUGAAUUAGAAAUGCUUGUAUUUUCACUCACACAGCUUGGUCCCGUUCAAAGUGCUAACUAACCGGACAAUACAGUAAAAAUCAUAUCUCAGGAAACCAUUCAUAAAUUCACAUUACAACUAUACAGUCUACGGUUACAACUAACAUUUGUAUAAAAAUAUGCAUAUUACGGGAUAUGGAUAUGAAUUCUGUUAUUUUCAAUUAUUAUUAUUAUUUUUUUGUAAGGGCAGUCAUAGGGUUCCGUACAUUCUGGGCUUGGCUACAUGUACAGGGAUAUUGUAUUGGUUAACUUUUUAUCAUUACGUCGUGCUCUUUUUAAACUUUGAGCUUUGGUAGAAAACUGAACCGGCUACUUUCCAGUUCAUCGACGUAUGCUUAACCCACUACACCAAUGCCACCGCCCAGAAAAUUCCUCGUCAAAAGCUACGUAACUAUGGCUAUGUUCAGACUGCAGGACUAAAGGCUCAGUUUGGAUUUUUUUGUGAGGUUGUUUACUUUUUUGCGACUUGUAUGUGAACUCCAGUGUCAACUUAAGGCUUCGUUUACAUGACGACGGUCUGAACAGACGACGCAAAAGUGGCGUCGCGUCUUCACUUUUUAUUCCAUGUUUAGACGAGCGUUUUCAGAAGGAAAUCUGCGUGCAUACGGUGACGCAAAAGUGUGUGGAAUUCGAUUGGGUACGCAUGCCAGACAGCUCGGUGGUGAUGUAUGUGACGUAAACGUGUACGCGACGUGAGCAGAUCUGACCAGAGUUUUGCGUCUUGGGCAGUGUAGACGGAAACGCUACGCAUAUUCAACUUUUCCACUCUGGAGGGUGGUUUCAGAAUUUUGCGUUUUUAAGCCCCAAAACACCGUCGCUGUCUAAACAAAAGGCACUUCUGAUAAAAUAUUUUGUCAUUUUUACCCGCAAGUGUUUUUUUGUAAACAGGCCCUUAAAUUCCCCAAAAGUGUCCCGCAUGUGCAUUGGAGGAUACGACGAUGUUACAAGCAGCGAGUGUGCUCAGUGUUUACGGAAGUCGCCUAAACGCUGGGCUCGUCUCCCAAAAUAUGGUCCAGUUCUUCAUAAAAUGGACAGGUUACACGUCCACGGCCGCUUCGUUUGAGUUUUUAGCCUCUUUGUAUUUGGCUUGCAGGCUCUUAUUUUUCGUUGACACUGGAGCCAAGACCGCCUGUAGCCGCCCUCGGACAUUUCAAAAACCGCCCGGUUCUGAUAAGACCCCUCCAAUUUGGCCUGAAUACAGCGAUCCCCCGAAUAUUAACAAAGUCACUAACCUCGCUUUCCCUCCAUUGACUAGACUCCGAGCCUGAUAUGUGGGUGGGAUGAAUGCGCCUUGGCCGUUCAGACUGAAGUCGCAUGUCAAAAGAUCGGAUAUGUAUCGGUUUUAGGAGCACAUAUCCAAGUGGCCUGGGUCACAUUUGAAAAAAAUCUGAUCUGGUCAUUAAAAGAUCAGAUACAGGUCGUAUAGGGAUGAAAAAAUCGGAUUUGGGUCACUUCAGGCUGCAGUCUGAACGUAGAUUAAUUGACUUUUCUUUUUUUUUUUUUUUUUACCGUGAUACGUUUUGGAAAUCAAAUCCACAAUCCAAAUUCUGUUAAUGUGCAACUACUUUGUCAAAAUUUUAACUCCGUAAUAUUUGUGUAGAUUUUGUUUUGUAGGAAAAAUUGUCCCAGACUUCAACUCAGAUCUUGGUCAGGAGCUGCUGGAUUACUUUACUUGCCUGGUCGCAGGUUCAAUUCCCGUGUAAAACAUACUGAUUUUCCAUGAUCCACGCAGUUACAUAAUUUCUAAUCUUUAUGAAAUAUCUUUGCACUUUUAGCCAAGCCAUACGUAGAAAUUUAGAAAACAGUUCGCUUACGAUGUAUUAUUAGUCUGUCCACCUUCUGUUACAGUGACAUCGUCCACUGGCGCCCCCUGCUGUUCAUGUCUCACAGUAGAAUGUAGAGGACAUUUUGAACAUGUACCAGCCAGUGGUGGAAGAAGUACUGCAUUUUGUUACUUAAGUAAAAGUACAAAUAAUGGAGCAAAAAAGAAAAAUACACAAGUAAAAGUUUAAGUAUCACAUGAAAAAGUCAUCUUAAGUAAAAGUAUUAAUCUACCUGUUUAAAAAUGUACUUAAAGAGUAUUUCAAGCAGAUUUUGACGUCUUGUGAGCUUCAAAUGUAGUGAUUUUGAUAAAGAUUUGGACUAAAUUUUGAUCAGUUGAAACAAUUAAAUCAGCCUUUUUCUUUUGUUUUUAUUUGUGUAUUUUUGUUUGCUCAAAUUAUGUUAAAAAUAAAUCCUCAGCCUUUUCAGCAGGUCUCAAAAAUACUUUUAACUUUUCAGUCCUGUUCAAAAACGUAGAGGAGUAGAAAAUACAGAUGCCUGCUCUCAAAUGUAGUGAAGUCAAAGUAAAAAUAAUCCACUUUAAAACUUACAGAUACUUCAAAUUUUUACUUAAGUACAGUACUUUUUUACUUUUACUCCACCACUGGGACUAGGACACUGCUGUGACGCUGUAAUCGAGCUACAGUCUGAAUGGAGUGAAAGGCCAUAUCACACACUUCACUAUAAAUACUGCUUUUGUUUAUCAUAUGCACUGGUAAUAAAAGCACAUGGUUUACUGGA